AUGGAAAAUAAUUACGCAACCCCCAUCUCCCCUCAGUCGCCAAACGUCUUUCGGCCCCGCCGGUCCGAUGACUGGCAUGAAUAUCGUGAAAUCAUCGAGCAACUCUACCGCAACGACCAGUUGAAACUGCGCGAUGUGAAACGGAUUAUGGAGAGAGAUUAUAAGUUCUUUGCAUCAGAAAAACAAUACAAAGAUCGUCUGGCCGCAUGGCACGUUCGAAAGAACAUCAAAGCCAAAGAAGUCCAUCUGAUGCUUCGCAAGCAACAGAAGCGCGCCGCCCAAGGCAAACAGACGGCCUUCCGCGUAAACGGCCAGAACGUCGAUCCCAAGCGCAUCGCCCGCUUCGUGCGUCGCUAUGGAACAACGUGGGAUACCAACCGCGGCAAGGACCAAAAGGCCGAGUCAAGCCCCGAGCCUCAAACCCCCUCCGACAUGACCUGCUACACCCCAGAGCCAACAGACGAACACAGCGCCACAACCCCCAUCUCACCCCCCGACAUGCAAUCCCCAACCCGAGAAAUGCCCUCCUACCCACUCGGCUCAUACGGUAAAUCCACAGCCGUUCCGGUGAGUGUGAGUGUACCGCAUGAUAUUGAUGGCAGAUAUCUCGCUCUAGACCCAAACCACCUUGAAAGCCUCCCCGAUCUGGAACUGGAAGAAAGCCCGACCAUGCCGCUGUCCAUGCACCCAAACCAGCCCCGCCAGAUCCAGUCCUACCACCAGUCAAUAGGCAACCAUCUCGCGCACGGGGCAGGGUCUCACUCGCACGGCGCUCACAGCCCGCAUCCGGUCCAUGUGCAUAGCCCCCAUGGGCACAGCCCGCUCCCCGCUCAUGCUGUACACAGCUCGCAUGGGCAGAGCGCGCACAGCGGACACAGAUCCCACAGCGUGCACAAUGCGCACACGCACACCUCGCACCCGCAUGCUCGUCCUGGUCCUGCGCCUCGGGAUCUCGAGGAUGCGCCUGGUGAAGCUGAUACCCAUCCGCCUGACUGGAAUACGGUCGAGUCGUUCCAGACGCGGUUGCAGGAUUUGGACUUUACGCUUACGCAGUCGAUGUCGAAGUGGGCUAGGGAUCAUGACCCUAACCACGAGCCUCCUCACCAUGAGGGAUUGGGGAUGUGA